AUGUUGAUAUUGGCCACCAAGGAUGCCGGUGCCAUUGCCCGCCUCAAUGUCAUCCGCAUCAUCAAUGAGCCCACUGCUGCCGCCAUUGCCUAUGGCCUCAACUACAAAGGAGAGAAGAAGAAUGUGUUGGUCUUCGACUUAGGUGGUGGCACCUGUGACGUCUCUAUCCUGACGAUCGACAAGGGUACGUUCGAGGUGAGGGCCACUGCUGGCGACACCCACCUUGGCGGGGAGGAUUUCGACAACCGCAUUGUUGCUCACUUUGCCAAAGAGUUCAAGCGCAAGUACAACAAGGACCUUUCCGAAAACCCACGGGCCCUACGGAGGCUGAGGACAGCUUGCGAGAGGGCGAAGAGGGUUCUCUCGACCAAUACUAAGACCAACGUGGACGUUGAGUGUCUGCACGAGGGAAUUGACUUCCACUCUAGCAUUACCCGCGCUAAAUUCGAGGAUCUCAACAUGGACCUGUUCGAAAAAUGCGUCGACCCUGUAGAGAGCUGCCUGAGAGAUGCUGGGGUGGAGAAGGCUGCCAUCCAUGAUGUCGUUCUGGUUGGAGGCUCGAGCAGGAUUCCCAAGGUUCAGAAGAUGCUGCAGUUUAUUUUCGAGGGAAAGGAGCUGUGCAGGAGCAUUAACCCGGAUGAGGCUGUUGCGUACGGUGCCGCCGUGCAGGCAGCCGUCCUACGUGGCAUAGGGGACGACAAGGUGCGGGACCUCGUCCUCCUCGAUGUGACCCCUCUCUCCCUAGGAGUGGAAAUUGUCGGGGAGGUCAUGUGUGUUGUGGUCCCGCGUAACACGAUUAUCCCCACUCAGAAGGAGCAUGUAAUCACAACGAGUGUGGAUAACCAGACAACUUUGAGUUUCCCGGUCUACGAGGGCGAGCGGGCGAGGUCAACAGACAACAACCUGCUCGGGCGGUUCAUACUGAAGGGAAUCCCACCUGCCCCGAGGCACGUGCAAAAUGUGGACGUGUGCUUCAAAAUUGACGCCAACGGCAUACUCAGUGUAUCGGCAAAAGAGAGGUCGACGGGCAGAACAAACGGGAUCACUAUAACCAAUGAAGAAGGGAGGUUGUCGAAAGAGGAGAUUGAUAGGAUAGGGGAGGAUGAUGACUACAGGAGGAGGGUCAAUGCUAGGAACAGCCUCGAGGAUUAUGCUUAUGAAAUGAGGAACACAAUCAGUGCUGCAGCCGGGCUGGCGGCGGCCGAUAAGAAGAUGGUGGAGGAUGCGGCGGUGUCGAUUAUUCAGUGGGUGAGGGAGAUGAAUUGGAUGAAGGCCAGUGUGGAUGAGCUCAACCAUAGGAUGCGGCCAUGGGUUAAGAUUUUGUGUCAAGACGCUUUUGUUGUUUUGGAGCGCGUAAAGCGUCACAAGGAGCGAAAGAAAUAUGGCGGGGUGGCACAACAGUAA